GAGGAGGGCAACGAGAUCUUGAGGCUGCCGCAACUCCCGAGCCCGCGCGCCUCGCAGGCGGCGGCGCCCGACGUCGGCGGCGCGGCGUCGCAGAGGUGGUGGAUGCCCAGCACGGAGCAGCCUCGGACACCGCGGCUGGCGGAGCGCGCGCCGCGGCUGGAGGACCCCGGCCAGGCCCAGCCCCGCCGCCCGAGCCUGGGCGCCGAGCGGGCGCUGGGUCAGCCGCACGGCGCCGCCGCCGCGGCGGGGCCGCCCGGCGCGCCCGUGGGCACCCCGCGCGGCGUGCUGGGCGCCAGAUGGGCCGCCGCGGGCGGCGGGGAGGCCGGCGGCCGUGCGGCCAGCCCAAGCCCCGUCGGUGUGCUGCGCCAGGCCCCGCUCCCUGCCCGGCCGCCCGCGCCCUCGGCGCCACCGCCCGUGUCCGCUGGCCGCAAGGAGGCCCGCGCGGCGGACGCCCCGCCCCCUCCCCCGCCGAUGUUGGGGGAGAGGCGCUCCGUUCCUGGCGACGAGGACAGGGGCAUGCGGGCACUUCUGCACGAGCUGGACCUGAGGCCUGGGGUAGCGGCCCCCCGCGGCGGUCUGGGCUGCCAUCGCCGCCAGGGGAGCCCAGACCUAACAGGUCCGUCGCAAGCCUCCGCGCGGCGCGCACGAGGCGGCAGCUCGACGCCGCUUAGCCUGCCCGGCGGCAGCGGGCCCCCGCGGCCGCCUCUCGCGCCAGAGGCCUCCUCCUCCUCCUCCUCCUCAUCCACAUGGGUUGUACGCUGCCCCAGCCGGUGGGAUGUGGCAGGCGGGAGCGCCUGAAUGCACUGCGUAGGUCGGGCCUGGCGCAAUCCGCGCGGCCGGUAGCCAAAAGUGGACAUGUGUGGAUUAUUUCCACGACCUCUUUUUUUCGGCCAUGUGCUAUUCCAUUUUCCAUAUGUGUUGUCUUGCGUAUUCACUCGAUUCCUCCCAGUUGCCGGUUGAUGGAAUCCACGUUGUUCAGGAG